AUGAGGCUCGCCGUGGACGAUAUCAACGGUGGGGCAUUGGCGGCGACCUUGCCGGACGCCUCUAAGGCUUCGCUGGAUGGAAAUUUGACGCUGUCUGUCGUGGAGGUCGCCACAGGCAGCAGGGCGAUUGAGGGCCUGUGCGACGCGCUCGAGUACGUCGGAGAGAACGGGACUUUCGGGGCGUCCUUGCUGGAGACGGUUUCGAACGACUUUUUCGGGCUGCCAAUGGUGACCCCCUCCGCUUCGGCCGCCCGGGCCAACACGUACUUUUCUUCGGGGGCGUACGGCCUGGGGGGCGAGGGGAGCUACCUCUUCGGCGUCCAGCCGGACGUUUUCUCGGAGAUGGAGGCGCUCGCGAGGCUGAUCCUGGAUAUGAAGGUGGAGAGAGACCUGGACCGCGGCUGGUACCGCACCACCGAGCGUGUGUCCAUGAUAUACCCCGACGACACAUACGGGGCUGUUGCCGCCUCCGCGUUCGUUCGCGCCGUGAGGGGGACGGAGGGUAUCAAUAUUGACUCCAAUGCCGCGGGGGAGAUGCCGUCGUCAAUGGAGCUCGCGAAGAGCGAGCCGGUGGACCCGAUCUUGGGGACAGACUACCGACCGACCUUGUCAGCCUUGGUGGAGGACCACGCGUCCAUAGUGGUUUUCCUGUCCGAGGGCUACGACGGUGCUUUCGUCAGAUCGGUGCUUGAGCAGGCACUCGAGGUAGGCCUUGCCAACGAGGACGUGCAGUGGUACCUCAGCGGACCUUCCGCCAUGGACGGGAUCUUCUCGCACAACGAGUCCUACCACGACUCUCAGCUCGCCUACGACUUCCGGGGCAUGCUGGGAGUCAGAGCGUGCCCCGCCAUCAAAGGGUCGGGGUCUGAAGCUCUGGCAAACCUUACCUCCAGGUGGGCGGCCCUAGACAGCGACAAGUACCCGGGGGCAGGCUUCGGGACCCUGACUCCAGGGGGAAGGUUGGACCCUCUGCUCGCGUACGCGUAUGACGCUGUCUUUGUCCUGGCCGCGGCAGUGGCGACGGUGCAGUCGACGGCGACGGAUUGGGGAGGCGUCUUGGAGGGGUUCGUGACGGGAAAGUCGGCGGGGCUCUGGCAGGACGGGGCCUUCAUCAGGGAGGCCGCGCUCGGGACCGAGAUCGUCGGGGUCACCGGCCCGGUGGCCUUCCGGGAGUCGACCUCGGCCGUCACGAGCGGCGCCGGGACGGCGGGGUCCGGGUGGCGGCGGACCAACGGCACCGAGUUCUGCGCGCUGAACCUGCAGGCGCACGCCUCCCUCGGCGCGACCUUCGCGACGACCAUGCUCUGGAAGCCGGAGACCUUCGUCGACUCCAACGGGACGCUUGCCACGUUCGAGAACAUCAGUCCGUAUCAGAAGAACCAGACCUUCCCCGCAGGGAGCGACGUAUAUCCAUUCGAUAGGCCCACCUUAAGCCGUCAGCACUUCAAGGUCAUCACCGAAGAGGCCGCGGUUCCAUUCGCGGUCAUCACUGGGCGAGAAAAUCAAACGGGAGACUACACAGGAAUAGCCCUGGAUUUGCUCGAGGUUCUUUCUGGCCGGCUCGGUUUCACGUACAACAUAUCCGUGGCGAAUGCUUCCAUCUCCACCGACGAGGUCAUAGGCUACGUCUCGAACGGGACCUACGACAUGGUGGCGUCGUGGGUGACCAUCAACGAGCGCCGACUGGACACUGUGUCGUUUUCAUACCCUUUCAUGGCGACGGGGCUGUCCUUCGUCUACCGACCGGAGGUUCUUGACAAGGUAAACUGGUGGAAAAUGUUCCAACCGUUCGAGCGACCGCUCUGGAUGCUCAUUAUCGGGACAACGGUGGUAAUGUUCGCGCUACUCUGGCUCUUCGAUGGCGCAAAGAAGAACGAGCUUUUCACGGACGGGGUGCCCACGGCGACGGGCAGCAAACGCCGGCUCUCAUCGGGCAUGGCGAUGUCGUCGUACGUGACGGGGGCCCUGCUGAUGGGACAGAUGGCCCACGAGCCCUACACCGUCGAGAGCUAUAUCCUGACGUCGGGGUGGAUGUUCGCGUGCUUUAUCCUCGGGGCGUCCUUCACCGCCGAGCUGGCGUCAUUCCUUGCUGCAGAAAAGGAGGAGGCCCUGUCUUUCGGGGUGGACGAUCUAAAGAAUGGAGCAGUGCCACAUACUCAGGUGGCGGUGCGGCAGGAGGACGGCCUGCAAGCGUUCUACGAGGAGGAGAUCAUGGGUUGCUACGGGGCAGCGGAAUGCUACGGAGGCGAAGACGAAAACUUUCCGGUCACGUGCUACACGAUCGAGGAAUGCUUUGAGUUGGUGGACAACGAGACCGUCAAGGUGACCCUCGUGGACUCCGUCACCGCUGCGUACCGAGUGGCCGACGAGUACUGCGGCCUGGACAUCCUAUCCGACACCUUCAACAAAGAGCACUUUGGACUGGUUCUGGAGAAGGACUCGCCUUACCUCGGCGAGUUUGAAUUGGCCUUGCUAGAGCUGGAAGAGGAGGGAACGCUGGCAGACAUUGCCGAGCCGUACUUCGAUACGUCCCGGUGUGCCUACCUAGAGGACUACGAGGACGCGAGCUCGACGUCCCAGAACCUUAAGCUGGUGGACCUGGCGGGCGUUUUUCUAAUCCUCACGAUGUUCGUCGCGGCGUCCCUGGUGGUGUGGGUGUUCCGCAAGUCGUUCCAGGCCAAGAAGAAGUGGUCGGCGUACCGCGUUGAGCAGAAGGAGUGGCGACAGUCGCUCAACAACGCGAAGACGUCGGGGGAAGAGGUGGGUUAUCAAGACCCCGACCAAGACCUCGACACGCGGACCAACAGCUGGCCGCUGCUCUCCGCCAAGAAGUCCCCUUCUUCGACCUCCUCCGUGAUGACGAUGGCGGCGACGGCGCCUUAUUCCAAACAGCAGCGGCAUCAAACACCCGCAGCUACCUCUGGGCACCACCAGCACCGGCGGCGACGGCGGCGAGGGCAAGGAGCGCCGUCGCCCUCGUCGUCCUCUGACGAGACUUCGGCGGCUCCGUGGCAACUGCACCAGCAGCGGCAGGCCACCAUCUCGGAGGGGUCCGAGUCGAAAUUGUCAGAGGAGGAGGAGGAGGAGGAAGUUGGAUUGUUGGGGUCAGCUAGGCACUAGACUUUGCUCAAUCGUUCAGACUACGGAAGGCUUUUAUUGGUUCUUGCUCGAAAAAUAUGUGGCUUUCGAGCGAGCCGGCCUAAUCUAUAUGUUAAAUGGCAGGAAGUUUCAGGUGUCUUUCGCGUGCUGUAAAAUUUAUCGUCAUGUUAGUGCAUGCAGUCUCAAUCCACCAGGAAUUUCUGUGACGCACACGGGCGUCUGCAAGUUUUAAAGGACAGUCAUGCCCGCCGACCGGAAAAUUCCUUCAUUUUUUUUUCGUCCCAUUUUGUUUGGACGUCAGUCCGUACACCUCCCGGUAAAAUUAUGGACGCACCAGCCGGGUGUUUUUUCUCCGCCUUCCUUCUGCGGUUCCUAGGGUGUAAGCAUGUAAACAAAAGAAUGUAGUAGCUGAAGAUUUUUGGUGGUUCAAGUCUUUGCCUCGUGGAGAAGCUGAAAGACGUUGUCGAUGCUUAGACGAUUGCCCUUAACACGAAAAAUGGCAUGCAGAGGGUGACUUCUGCCUUUUUCCAGCGAGGUUGGCAACUCAGGGACGGAUGUUGUGUUGCUAUUGUUGACAAGGUCGGAGCACAGUACACUAGUGUCAUGAGGAAGGCCGUCUGUUUCGCCUGACCACCGACUACCCUCGCCCAACGAACCCUGACAUCACUGGGCGUUGGUUCAUCUGUGGCAGGAGGUGAAAACCCUGAUCAUGCGGCGGAGCUCUCGAGCAAGAGAGCAUGGGUGGUGCGUGGAGGGCAGACAGAUGUGACCGGGGCGUCAGGGGUUUAUGAUCUCUUCGUUUGUUAGGUAAAGGUCCAUGGGUCCACUCUCGUGCAAGAUAGAACGGAGGUGGUGGUAUGUUUGGUGGGAAGCAACGGCGAUGGAACAAAGAAUUAUUGGCUUCGUAUGUACGUGAACGGGUGGCCCGAGAUACAUCCAUAUGUCUCUGCCGGCCGGGAUGAUUUGGUUUUGCGCUCAUCGUGGAGUGUUUUUGUGUUUUGUUUGAUUGUGUCGCGUGUUGUCGGCUUCCAAGGGUUGAGGUAUGGCUUGUGCUCCCCUUCAGGUAUUACCGUAGUUUUUCUUGCACCGCCCUUGAUUCGGCCGGUCUGAGCUGAGUAUUGUUACCAGUUCUUUCCCAAGACGGGGGGGGUGAAGUUGGGCGUUUCCAUCAACUUUAAUCUGGGGAUGGUUUGGACGCAUCAGCCAGGUGCGGGGAAAUAU